ACAACAAGCAUUGACAAUAGUUCGCGUUUGGUUGAUGACCAGUGUGUGGGAAGCGUUAGUUACCAUGGUGAAAAUGUGUUAGGUUUUAAGUUUGAAGCUUCACGAGUGGAACAAAAAAACCUGAGAUAGAGACCAUAUGUGACUACAGAAGUGAUGACAGCAAGUUAAGGUAUUGGCAGCAAUGACCCAAACAAGUAGAAACACUUUCAGUAGUUUUCAUGUCCGAAACUCAUCACCUUACAAACAUUCGUGCUGAAUCAGAAGAAUGGAAUAUUUUGGAACAUUAUUUUAUGGCUUGUUCCAGAACGUUUCGGGCACAAAUGCGCCAAGCUUUCUCACUCACGUCACCAAAGAUUCGACAAACAUUUUCUUAUCAUUCCAGUCCAAUGCCAACUCCAAGUAUUUUUGUAUGGGUCAAUACUGAAGAAUUGGAUAACGAGAAUCAAUUAGAAAAGGUGUUAAAAAGGGGGCUGUCAAUUCAAGCACCUUAUGGAAUGGCGUUUGUCCAUGGAAACAUUUCCCUUCCAAAUCUUCCUCUAGUUGCUGAUCCUUCCACUAACUUACAAAACAAUGUCAAAGUUUCUCAACGGCAGUUAAAAUAUUUAUUUUGUGAACUCUUAAUAGGCAAACCACUACAAGUCGACAAUGUAUCUCUUGCUACAUUUGAUAAAUUAUUACCCGAGUUCGAUUCUUUUUACAUUAAAUCUCCUAGCUCUUCACCGUUACACCAUGACACUUUUUCAAACUUCCUUGCAAACGAGAAUACUGACACUUACUCUCAUCAUGUGAAAUCCCAGUUUACAUAUACUCUAUCCUAUGAGAAUACUUCCAAAGUCAAAGUGUGUCCUCUUGGAGUCCUUCCUGCUUUCAGUUUUCAAAAUCAUUACGUUUUAUUUCAUUCUUCACAAGUUAUUGUUCGCAAUAUUGUAUACAUUAAUGUGGAUCCUCUAUUACCUGAAAAUUUUGCUUUACCAUUAUGCGAGAAUUGUCAAAGUGUACAAGCUGCUGUUUGGUGUAAAGCUGAUCACGCUUGCUUUUGUAAUAAAUGCGACCAAGAGUUACAUCUCCAUUCCAAACUCGCUUCACGACAUACACGCCUACCUUUAUCUAAGAGACCAAGAUCACAAGGAUAUUGCUUUAUUCAUCCAACUCAAACAUACAUUUAUUAUUGUUUGGUUUGUGAAAAAAGCUUAUGCAGUCUCUGUUUACCGCAUUGCCCUCAUUUCAAUCAAGAGGAGCAAGUUCCACUACCAGAGUCUAAUCCUAUUGUACCCUUAAACGACACGACUUUCUUUUCAAUCGAUUUUUUCUCUCAACCCAAAAAUAAAAGCUCAACUAUUUUAAAUGAAGCCAAAGGGGAACUAGCCCAUUUGAAAAAUAUGUAUACGAACGUUGAGAACAACCUGAAAGGACUAGAACAUGAGAUGCAUACUAUAAUUUCAAACGCGUUUCAACAACUGGAUAAUCUCAUUGGAUAUAGAACUAUUUCCAUAUUGAAUCGAAAAAACUCCUUACAUAUAGCACAAAAUUUAAGUUACAUGAAUGAUCAAUUUAUCUCCUACCUUAAUUCGGUUUUACCACCCCCGGAUUUUUUGUUUUCUUGGCUUCACUAUAAAAAACUAGAGCCAGAAUUCUACAAACCUCUUACACUACUUGAUGAAGAAAUAAUUCGUGAUACUAUUACAUGGGAAAACUUCUACCUGGAUGGUCGAGUUGAAUUUCGUGUUGAUUCAUGAAUGUCACGUUUUUUUCUAGGUCUUUUAACCACCAAUCCAAACUCUAGCUUUUAUCUUUUUAAUAGAAAGAUCAACUGUAACACGUUUUUUGAUAUAUUCUUAUAUUACUAUUUUUAUUUCUUUAAAAAUUCAAGGUUAUUUCUGCCUCGUGUUUCUUAGUGUAUACAUCGAAAUACAAACACAAUUUGUAUUUGUUUAGUGUAUUUAAAAAGGCAAAGUCAGUACACUUUUUUGAAAUGUUACUGAGGACUGGUGAAAAAAGGGACCAAUUGUAGAGGAAGACAGGCGUAAUGUGGAAAAAAAAUUGCGGCCUAUGAUGCACUAGACAAGCAAUUCUUUUUCAUUUAUACUAAUUUUUUAUUUAGAACAAGUAUAAUGUUGUUAACAUCACAUUUAAGGUGCACUUCAUUUUUGUUAAGCGCGACCAUCCUUUAACUUGAAACCAAAAUCUUAAAGAUACAUUUCUUAUUCUACUAUUAAUGUCGAUUUUGUAGACAAUCAA